GUUGAGCUGUCGAUCGCAUCGUUUAUUGCCAUGAAAAACUUUGGAACUGUUAUUGGCCCAGCAGCGGCACUGGUAUUGUUGCUGCUGCAAUCUUUCGGUCCUGUGAGUGCACGCGACGAGGAUAUUUGCCGUUUAUUUUCCAACAAUACUGUCAUCCGGGAUCCGGAAUCCUGCAGCAAGUCCAUCACCUGCAUCGAUUUUGUGAGUCAUUAUAGCACCUGCUCCGGCGACACUGCAUUCUUUAAUAAGGACACCGGAAAGUGCGUGAAGAGCUUGUCGGAUGAGUCCAGUUGCUCCAUUUCGUGCUCCCAAUCGGCCACCCAGUUUUUGGCCGAUCCCAAGUCCUGCUAUGGCUACUACUAUUGCCAGGAUCAGGAGACGGCCUUGUACGGCACAUGCCCGCAAAACACUCAUUUCAAUGCCACCACCCAGACCUGCACCCGCCAGCACGAAUCGGCCUGCACCACCAGCAGCUUUGAGUAUUGCUAUAUUGUGAAGGAUGGAGUGAAUUUCGACAAUCGCCAGGGAUGUGACCAGUACCAUGUCUGUAGCAAAGGUAGCCUCCAAUCUAAGACCUGCUCAGGCCAGUAUUAUCAGGCCAGCGCGGGAGAAUGUCAGAACAAGGCCCUGGUCGAAUGCGAAGCCCAUCCCUUGCCCAAGGACGUUUGCGGCACGGUGAAAAGUCCGAAAGCGAAUAAAUUCGUUACCGAUGGAGCCACCUGCCGGGGCUACUUCUACUGUGCCAAGCAACAGGACGGUACGCCGGACGCCAAUCCCCAGUGGAACCAGUGCCCCGAGGACCGCUUCUUUGAUGCAAAAACCGAGUCUUGCCGUCUAGCCAAUCAAGUAACCUGCGCCGCAGAUCGUUGCGAUGGUCGCACCCUCGAUUUUGUGGUCAGCUCCUCCAAAGGAUGCCGUAGUUAUUUACGCUGUUCGAAUGGGGUCACCCUGGAUGAGAAGUCCUGCGGAAACUUAUUCUUUGACGAGGAGAAGGGUUCCUGUGUCCAGCAGAUCACUACCUAUCCCGUGUGUGCCUAGUAGCCAAGUAAAUAAAAAUCAA